AUGAGAUACGCAGCUGCAAUCAUCUCCACCCUCCCCCUUCUCUCUUUUUCUUCUCCUCUCCCACAAGGCGCACCUUCAGGCCAUGAAGUCGAGAUAACUGGCAUCACCUACGGCGGCACAGGCUGCCCAGACAAGACCGUCCAAGGUCUCCUCUCCGACGACCGCACCACCAUCGCCCUCUCCUUCGACGCCUACACCGUCCAAUCCGGACCUUCGAUCCCCGCCACCGAGCGACGCAAGUUCUGCCAGCUCCAACUCAAGAUCAAGAAGCCCAGCGGCUUCCAAUACAGCAUCUUCGGCGCCGAUUACCGCGGCUACGCCAGUUUGGAGAAAGGUGUCACCGGCACCACGCAGAGCACUUACUACUUCUCCGGAGAGCAGAACCAGACUGUAAUUCCAACAUCGUUCACCGGUCCCAUGGAAGGCAACUACCUCAAGCACGACGAGAUCGACGCCGGAUCAACCGUCUGGUCUCCCUGCGGCGAACCCGGCAUCUUGAACAUCAAGUCUGAAGUUCGCAUCGUACCGAUGGCAGCCACGGGCCUCAAUCUCCUGACCGUCGACACCGUCGAUGCCAAGUUCACGCAGAAGUACUUCGUGCAGUGGCAGAAGUGCGAUCCUAAGAAGGGCGGUAACGGUGGCGGAGGCUCCGGUGGAUUGAGGCCCCCAACCUUUGACGAUGGCAACUUGGGCAGAGAGGUUGAUCUGUCGGGCAGGCCUAUUCAGAACUAA